GCGCAUGUUCUUCUGUGAGUUUGCGCGUUAGCUGGGUGCUGCUGCGUGGAUGAUGGCUGCAUCGAAGCCCGUAGAGCCUCAGUCUGGGAGUGGGCUCCCCCGCUGGCAGCUGGCACUCCUGGUGGGGACUCCGAUCGUCCUCGGUGUCGGAGCUGUCUACCUGUGGAAUCGAAGUCGCGCCAAGGAAAAGCAGGGGAAAAGGAAUGGAGAGAGGAAAACCCCAGAAGGAAGCGCUAGCCCUGUCCAGGGCCAGCACGGUGCGACAAAUCCAGAGCUGGAGAACCUGAGUCCCCUUGACAGAGCACAGUCUGCCAAGAAUAAAGGCAACAAAUACUUCAAGGCUGGCAAAUAUGAUCAUGCGAUCAAGUGCUAUACAGAAGCCAUUGGCCUAUGUCCCAAAGAAAAAAAAGCAGAUCUGUCCACCUUCUACCAGAAUAGAGCUGCAGCGUAUGAGCAACAGAUGAAAUGGACAGAAGUGAUACAGGAUUGCUCUCAGGCAGUUGAGCUGAAUCCUCGCUAUGUAAAAGCACUUUUCAGGCGUGCCAAGGCACUGGAAAAACUGGAUAACAAAAAGGAGUGCUUAGAAGAUGUGACGGCUGUAUGUAUUCUGGAGGUUUUCCAGAACCAGCAAAGUAUGCUUCUGGCAGACAAGGUGUUGAAACAGCUGGGAAAAGAAAAGGCCAAAGAAAAAUACAAGAACCGGGAGCCCCUUAUGCCAUCUCCUCAGUUCAUCAAAUCCUACUUCAGCUCCUUUACUGAUGACAUCAUUUCACAGCCCCUACAGAAGGGGGAAAAGAAGGAUGAGGAUAAAGACAAAGAGGGUGAGGCAUCAGAGGUCAAAGGAAGCUCAGGCUAUCUAAAGGCAAAGCAGUAUAUGGAGGAGGAGAACUAUGAUAAGAUCAUCAGUGAGUGCACAAAGGAGAUUGAGUCUGGAGGCAGAUACUCAGCUGAAGCUCUUCUGCUAAGAGCCACGUUCUACCUGCUGAUCGGCAACGCUACAGCAGCACAACCUGAUCUUGACCGUGUCAUCAACAUGGAUGAUGCCAGCGUGAAGUUGCGUGCUAAUGCGCUCAUUAAACGUGGAAGUAUGUACAUGCAGCAGCAGCAGCCCCAGCUCUCCACGCAGGACUUCAACAUGGCUGCAGAGAUCGAUCUCCGUAAUGCAGAUGUCUAUCACCACAGAGGACAGUUGAAGAUUCUGCUGGAUCAGGUAGAGGAGGCUGUGGGAGAUUUUGACGAGUGUAUAAAACUUCGACCAGACUCUGCACUUGCCCAAGCACAGAAGUGCUUUGCACUUUACCGACAGGCCUACACCGGAAACAACCCAUCCCAGGUUCAGAAAGCCAUGGAUGGUUUUGAGGAUGUCAUUAGGAGGUUUCCAAAGUGUGCUGAGGGUUAUGCUCUGUAUGCACAGGCAUUAACUGACCAGCAACAGUUUGGUAAGGCAGAUGAAAUGUAUGAUAAAUGUAUUGAGCUAGAGCCUGACAACGCCACAACAUAUGUUCAUAAAGGUCUGUUGCAGCUUCAGUGGAAACAGGAUCUGGAAAUGGGUCUUGAACUCAUUAGCAAAGCCAUUGAAAUUGACAAUAAAUGUGACUUUGCAUAUGAAACAAUGGGAACCAUUGAAGUCCAAAGAGGCAAUCUGGACAAGGCUAUAGACAUGUUCAACAAGGCCAUUAACUUGGCCAAAUCAGAGAUGGAGAUGGCCCAUCUGUAUUCCCUCUGUGAUGCUGCUUAUGCCCAGACAGAGGUGGCCAAGAAGUAUGGGCUCAAGCCUCCCACGCUAUAACUCUUGCUUCCUUUCACCACUCUCAACUGCCGGGUCAGAAUACAAGUCCCAUCACCCAAGUUUUUUUUGUUUUUUACUUCAUUAUAAAGAUCAUCGUUACCAAUGAAAAGGAAGUCGGAACAGGUUCUGCUACCACACACUUACCAGUUUUGAGGACUGGAAGAAAAUGAUGGGGGAGCAGAAAAAGGAGAUGUGAAAAAUAAAAAAGCUUGUAAAAAGACUGGUGGCUGCUCUGUUGGACAUAAUCAUCAGACGCAUAGUUUACAUUCUCCUUCGUUGAGUAUGGUUUAGACUAUCUCACAACUUACAGACAGCUCUCACUUGUCCAUGUUCAGCUCUUUUUGCCAAUUGUGAUAAAUGUGAAACUUUUUGAUUUAAUAAUCUUCAUUUCGUGGCAUCUAUUAACAUCUUCCGUCAGUAAUUACUUUUCUUUCUUUUUUUCCACAUCAACGCACCAGAUUUAUUUAGUUAAUUUUGCAUAUACCAUCAGCAGGACUGCUUUACAGAUUUGAGAUUUGAUUCUAUAAUGUGCAAAUGUUUUGUCUUGUCACUGUCACAUCCUAGCAAUCAUAUUUGCAUUCUUUGGAAAUGCAAGAUUAAAGUUUUAGUUGAUGUUUCUGUUGUAAAUCGGUUAGUUCUUGGUGUGUCGCUGUUGUUUUGACACUGUUUAUAAGAUGGGGUUAUUUUUGGGUAAUUUGGCAAUGCAGUCAUUCAUUUCUGCUUAUUUUUAUCAUUGGGUUUUGUUUUUCUUUUUUAUAUUCAGUGCAACUGUGGGAUUUAAAAUAUACAAUGCAAAUUAUAAAGUAAUGUCAGACAUUUUCAACCUACUUUAAACAGCGAAAACUGUACAGUUGUUGUGUAAGGUAAUGUAGCUGAAGUAAUUUAAAAGCCUCUCAGCCCUGUACAAGGAUUUUGCUGUGAAAUUGUUCUUGUCUCCAAACUGAAGCACUAAAAUGUUAUGUUUUGAAAAACAAUUGUCUGUAAGAAACGUAAUGUUGCAAUUUUGUGCAAAAACAUAAAUGCAUCUUGAAACGUUAUGAAUAUAAAACGUUACCAAAAUGACAUUCCUCCCCUUUAUAUCUUGCAAACUGCACAUAUCUGAUUUUAUUUCUUUAGUUCCUCUCUGAAAUAAAAAUAUCAUUGAGGCAUAUUUCUGAAGAAUUGACUCCCUUUUUGGAAAAAAAAAUGGAAUUAAAAUUAACACAACAUAUAUAUAUUAGUUCUCCCUCCAUACUCAUUUUUUUAUUUAAUAUUUGUCAAUUCCUGACCGAUAUUUUUGUAGUGGCAUGUUCUUAAAUACAUGCACUACAUGUGUGUUCGGAUGUGAAUAAGAUGAAAUUCUAAGUGGCUGUUAAAAAAAAUGCUUCUGUUUUCAUUUAAUUAAUGAACGGUAGCUUUACUGAUUUUAAUAAAAGACACUAAAAUAUUUUUCUUUAUCAAUGCAACCAUUGCUUCUUUCCCAUAUGCAUUCAUUCAUUCUAAAUUAAAAUUUUAAGUUUGCUGGAUGAUGACAAAACGUCAUUGCUGUCUGAAUUACUUCAGAUGUUUUACUAUAUUGUAGCUCAUUUUUUUAAAUCGUUGUCGAAUGAAUGUUACACAGUACAGGGCUCUGCCUUUACCGUGACCAGAACUAAUUUACAAUAGGAUGUGAUCAAUUGCCUAUGCAUGUAAACAUGGAUCAUUGAAUAUUGCCUAAUAUGUAAAUGUUUACACAUGCUUGCUUAUUUUUUUUUCCAGGCUGAUAAGUUAGUAGCAGUGGUACAGACCAGUUUUGAGGGAACAAGUCAUUCCAGCCUGAUGCAUGUUAAAAAAUCACAAAUGAUAAAUAAAUAAAAAGUAUUGAAUUUCAAAUAAACUGUGCAUUGCAAGCUAAUUGGCACCAUCUAAAGGUUAAAAAUGGAUUUGUUGUGCUUAAUCUGUUGAAAGUACCUGUGCAAAAAUGACACCUCCUAAAAAUAAAUAAAACAAAAGGGGAAAAUGUGAUGUCAGUGAAGUAUUUCUGUGUAAUAAUAAUGUAUGAUCACAUCAAAUAAAGAAGCAAGUUGUCUACCAAUGUUUAUAAAGUUA